AGUUUACUAUGGUUUUACAUCAGCGGCUGGCCCAGAGCGACGACACAUAUGACGUCACCCACCACCGCCCACAGUUAGCAGAGAGAAAACGUCACUUCCAGUUCCGGACGAUCCUUUUCUCCUUAGUCGGGCCGCCGUGCGGGAAGGCGUCAAGAUGCAGAUCUUUGUGAAAACCCUUACUGGGAAAACAAUCACACUUGAGGUUGAGCCCAGUGAUACGAUUGAAAAUGUCAAGGCUAAAAUUCAGGAUAAGGAAGGAAUUCCACCUGACCAGCAGCGUCUGAUAUUUGCUGGCAAGCAGCUUGAAGAUGGUCGUACUUUGUCCGACUACAAUAUCCAAAAAGAGUCAACCUUGCACUUGGUGCUGCGUCUCCGUGGAGGUAUCAUUGAGCCUUCCCUCCGUCAGCUUGCCCAGAAGUACAAUUGUGACAAGAUGAUUUGCCGCAAUCCCCUGUGGUGUUCCUUCACGCAGCGCAUCCCAUUCGGUGGGGCCGCACUGACGUGUGACAUCCUCCUGCGCUGUGCGGCAACUCCGCGCAACGUCAGAUGCUAUGCCCGUCUUCAUCCACGUGCUGUGAACUGCCGCAAGAAGAAAUGUGGCCACACCAACAACCUACGCCCCAAGAAGAAGCUCAAAUAAGCUCCAUUUGUUCCCUACUUAUGUUUUUUGACUUUCAAGAAAUAAAAAAAAUCUAAAGUUG